AAAAUCGACCAUUGAUUUGGAGUGCGUGAACAAAUAAGAAAGGCUGUCUGUAAAGCUGAGCGAAGCUCUCUUGAAUCGUAUUUACAAGAUCUAACGUCAAAAAAUGGUUUUCGAGUCGAUCGUCGCCGAGCUGCUUAACAAGGUUCUCGGGGAGUAUAUUGAAAAUUUGGAUUGUACACAGCUGAAGCUAAGUCUGUGGGGAGGGGAUGUUGUGUUGAAGGAUCUUUUAAUAAAAGAAAGUGCACUCGAUGUAUUGGAUUUGCCACUAAAAUUGGAAUAUGGUCGAUUAGGGAAGUUAAUACUGAAGAUUCCCUUCAAGGAUAUUUGGAAUGGGCAAAUAGAUGCGAUUAUUGAAGAAUUAUUUAUAUUGAUUGUACCAACCAGCCAAGCAAAAUAUGAUGCAGAAAAAGAAGCAAAAGCACAACUUGCCGCCAAGCGAGCAGAGCUUGCGAGAGUCGAAAAAAAUAAACAGCUUGCAGAUAUUAAAUCACAAGAGAAAUUGGACGAUUCCAUGAUUGAGAAACUUCUUGCUAGAAUGAUAAAAAACAUUCACGUUGAGAUAAAGAAAAUUCACGUGAGAUUCGAAGAUCAUGUCUCGUUCAAAAAUCAUCCAUUUUCAGUUGGAUUUACUUUAAAUAGCUUUGCAUUACAAAGUUGUACAGAUACAUGGACGACAGAUGGCAAUUUGAAGGAUAUGUAUGCCAUUCAGCAAAUUUAUAAAUUAUGUACAAUGGACGGAUUUGCUGUUUACCUCAAUACAGAUAUAAUGCAAUUUAGUAAAGAGCCUCAAAUUAGCUACUUGCACUUGUUCUCUGAAGGGAUCGCAACUUUAGAUUAUAUACCAAAGAAAUAUCACUAUCUGUUGGGUCCUAUAAACGUAAAAGCCAAGCUUAAAUUAAACCCUAAACCAGAAACAGAUGGCAGUAACUAUUCGAUACCAAAAGUUUGGCUGGAUCUUGAAAUGCAAAUGCUACGAAUUGGAUUGACCAAAUGUCAAUAUCAAACACUUAUGCAAAUGGGUGAAGGAUUGGAUCAGGCUCAAAAAGCAGCACCUUACAGGAAAUAUAGACCGGAUUUGACGUCCUAUAGAGGACAUUACAAAGAAUGGUGGCGCUUUGCAUACACCUGUAUUAUGGAAGAAACAGUACGAAGAUUACGUAGAAAUUGGAACUGGGUGAAUAUGAAAGAACACAGAGAUACUUGUCGAGUUUAUGCCAAAGCGUAUCAGACUAAAUUGACUACGAAAAAAGUGGCUCAAGAUAUAGACAAAUGUAUCACCGAUUGUGAAACAAAACUGGAUAUUUUUAAUCUGGUCAUUAUUAGGCAACAGAUCGAAAUGGAGGUGGAAAGACUGGCAGAGAAAGAGAAAGAUCUAAAAGCCAAAAGAGGCUGGUUUGGUUUCCUAUGGGGCACUCCACCAGCAGAGGACGCUGAAGAAUUAAAUUCAGCCGCCGCUAUUAUGCGCAAAUUUGAGGAAGCUAUGACACCACAGGAGAAAGAAAAAUUAUAUCGAGCCAUAGAUUAUCAAGAAAAUUCUGCCCCGGCUCAUUAUCCAGAAACUUAUGUAAUGAUCGACACGAAAUUCUUUUUGCAUGGCCUUCAAAUUGUCAUAUCGGAUACCGAAAUGUCUCACCCGGAGGUUUUAAAUCUUGAAUUACAAGGGGUCCGAGUCGGAUUUAAAUCUCGGCCAUCUGCAAAUGCUAUUUUAGCUACAGCAUCAGUAAACGACAUGAAGCUUUUUGGAGUAAAGCAAGAAGAGAAAGUGCCUUCGUUAUUUAAUUCUGAUGAUGGUAGCUCCGACAGUGAAUUGUUUGCCGUUUCUUAUGAGAAAAAUCCUUUAGAUAAAUUAUGUGGUGACCGUGUAAUCGUCCAAUCAAAGUCUGUUCAUAUUGUAUACGACGCACAGACCAUCAUUGAAUUGGUGAAAUUAUUCAAAGUACAAAAUUCUUCGACUUUAAGUCAACUUCAGGCUGCUGCUGCUGUACAGUUAGAAGGCUUGAAAGAAAUGUCAGCCUUAGGCCUAGAAUAUGCCAUUCAGAAGCAUUCUGCAUUAGAUAUUCAGGUUGAUCUUCAAGCAUCACAAUUAAUUGUACCAUGUGGCGGGUUCUAUAAUGAAAAGGAAUCACUCUUUGUUCUAAACUUGGGUAGCUUAAAAAUGCGCACGCUGGAAAAGCCCAAAGACGACAAAGCUACAACGAAUGUGAAAGAAUUAAUUAGUAUGGGAAAGUCUGACGAGGAUAUUUUGACCCACCUUAGACAUUCCAGUUAUGAUAAAUUCGUACUCGAGAUAACGAACUUUCAGGCUCUAGUUUCAUUCGCGGAUGAAGAUUGGCGCAGUGCACUUAUAAGUGAUAGUAUCAAUUCUAUGGUACUGUUACGUCCAACCACUUUAGAAGUACAGUUCCACAAAUGUUUGAUAAUGGAUGAUCCUUUGUUGCCAAAAAUGAGGCUCAUUGGCCAGUUGCCAUCUGUAGUCCUCAAUGUAACAGAUACACGCUUACUUGAGGCACUUAAAAUAGCACAGAGUAUCCCAUUCCCCGAAGAAGAAGAAAAUAACGAUCUACAAAAAAGUUCUUUGUCAAAGUCUGUGUCUCAGUUGUCUUUAUUCAAAGAGCUAACUGCAAUUUCUACAUCAGCUGAUAAGAAAGAAGAGUCUUCCGGUCCGGUGAAACAAACUAUUGAUUUGGAAGCAAAAUUUGUUAUGAAAGAAUUCACUGUAACUGUUUCCAAACAAAGCGACCUUGAAAUAUCGCCAUUUUUACGAGUUGAGGUACUACAAUUAGAAGCUGAAAUGUUGCAACGAACGUUCGAUCAAGAAGUAACGUUAAGAUUGGGUGGUGUUCAAAUUAAACAAAAUCAUAAAAGCGACGAAAUCUUCAUGAUUAACACUCCAAUGGCAACCGGCAGCGAGGAAUACCUUAUUGUUAUCCAAUACAAAAAUGUGAAUAAACGAUCCCCAGAAUUUGUCACGCGACAUGGUUCAGUGGUAAAAUUACUUCAACUAGAAUUCACGACACUGGAUAUUCUGCUCCACCAGGAAGCAUUGAUAAAUGCUUUGAAAUUUAUUUCAAGCAUUCAGGAUAAAAUUACUGCAUCGAAUGAUGCAUUGAACGAGAAAGCACAAGGAAAAGUAACCCGUGUAAGUCACAUGGCCACCAUACAUGAAGAUGGGACAUCAACAUUUAUCAAGGAACAUAUUCAAAGACAAAAGGCUAAUUUAUCCACAUCUCGUCGUAAAAAGAAGGUGGUAGAAUGCAUAGACCUGAAAGUAAAUGCAAAAUUUGGUUCGAUAAGCAUAAAGAUGGCAAGUGAUUUUCGAGAUAUAAGUGCAUUUUUCAUUGAGGGAAUCGCCGCUGGAUUCAUUAUGAAGGCUUCCUAUUCACAAGCAAAUGCUACGCUAGCAUCCAUCAACAUUAAGGAUUUGAACACUUCCUCGGCUUAUAAAAAUAUUAUUUCAGUGGAAGGCACAGAAUCUCUGCAAGUACAAGCUGUUAUUUAUAAUUUGGAACCUUGGGAAGUGGACAAGAACAACAUGUCUAUUAAAGUUGUCAUGGGCUGCCACCGUGUUGUAUUCCUAAAUGCAUUUGUCACUGGAGUGAUGAAUUUCUUGAACAAUUUCCAAGCUGCCCAACAAGCCAUAAAAGAAGCAUCAGCAGCUGCUGCGGAAGCGGCGAAGACAAACAUUAAAGAUGUUCAAGAACAUGCCACUCGCAUUGAACUUUCUGUGAAUCUUAAGGCUCCAGUUGUGUAUGUACCGAUGAAUUCAAAAAGUGAUCACUGUCUGAUGAUGGAUAUGGGUAACCUUACUAUAUGCAACACACUGAAGAAAUUAGAAGUUACCAAUGAUGCUGGAGAAUCACCCAUCGUUGAUGAAAUGAAAAUCGACUUGCAAAAUAUAAAAUUGUCACGGGUGCGAUUAAACAAAGAUAAUUUUGUACUAGAGAAUGAGGUGCUACUGUUGCAGCCAGUCAGCUUCACAUUACUGAUAAAACGCAAUUUAUCCACUGCUUGGUUCACGUCAAUUCCAGAUAUCGAUAUGUCAGGCAGACUAAACCUAAUCGAACUAUUACUUAGCCAAGAAGAUUAUGCCAUGGUAAUGAAGGUCUUGGAAGGGAAUCUUGGAGAAACAAUCGAAGACCCUAAUCCACCUAAAGUUGUUGAUCUACGAGACCGAAGACCGAUAACAGAAGAUUUGGAAAAAUCACGAACACGAAAAUCUGAAAUGGGAACCAUACAAGAAACUGAAGCUUCCGACUUUCAAGAACAGAAGAAUGUACACACGGCUAUGAAGUUCGAAUUCAUCAUGGAUAGCUUCGUCAUUAACUUGUUCAUGGGAGGAUCUAAAACGUUACAAUCACAAGCCUCUCCUUUGCAUCUUCCGGAAAAUGGAUUGGCCAAAUUCAGCCUCUCGCAUUUCGCGCUGAAGGGUCGUAUGUUUGCCGACGGUCUUCUUGCUACUUCAAUUCUUCUAAUGAACUGUACUUGGGAUGAUACCAGGCAAAAUAGACAAGGGUCUCUUAUGACAAUUAUGGAAAGAAUCACAGAACCGUCUGCGGAAAAUUUGUCUUCAGAAGAUGAAGCUCCGUCUGGCAGAAGCAUGGUGGAUGUGACGAUCAGAAAAGGACCAAACGAUAUCUUUGUGGAUGUUAGAGUUUUCUCUUUCAGCAUAAUAAUAUCUCUCGAUUACUUAAUGAAGAUAAAAGAUUUCUUUAACGUCGCACCGACGGCAACUGAUCAACCGAUCUCGCAACAUUCUCAAAAGGGUAUCACAGAAGCUGUUCCCAAAAAGAAAAUGGCACAGACUUCAUCUCCAGUUGCUGCUAUGAUUACGAUUAAUUUGCACGUGGAGAAACCAGACAUUAUACUUCUCGAGGAUAUGGAUGAUAUCAACUCCAACUGUAUUGUACUCAAUACUGAGCUGCUGCUGAAGUUACGUUUGGUGGGUGAGCAUCAAGUUAUAACAGGUUCCAUUAAAGAUUUGUCUCUAUCGACUGGUGUUUACAAUCCAGCUAAACGAUCCGAUAGUAUUUACCAAGUCUUAAAACCAUGCAGUAUUAGUCUAGCAGGUUCUACGCCAGAAGAAAAAGGAUUGCACGUGGACGUUUGUUGUACGGAUAUUCAUUUAUCUGUGUCUCCAGGCGUAAUUGAAAUAUUGAAUAGAGUCGUUCAAACGGUGACCAAAAAAGAAGAGGAGUCUGAUGAAAUUGUGAAACGAGAACCAAAUUAUGAAGGUUUAUGGAUCAUUACACCAUUCUAUGAGAAUAAUUAUUGGUUCUUGAAAACAGAAGUAGCAGUUGAAGCAUUUGAAGACUUGUCAUUAUCCGAUGACGAGGAUACAACGGUAUAUAAGCCAGAACUGGCUAUAUUAUCUGCACCAACUAUAUUGUUAACAUUGGAAGCUGGUGUGGGAAACAAGACACUGCCAAUGCUGUUACUUCAUUUGGGCUUCCAAAGUAAUGUCAAUGACUGGAGUUCUAAGACGAUGAGCGUUGAAGCUACCAUGACAGUAGUUAUGGCUUAUUACAAUAGCUGUUUGGCGUUAUGGGAACCACUUAUUGAACCUAUGGAAGGUAUUCAAGAUGGAAGGCGUAUUUCGACACCUUGGGAAAUAAAGACUAAGGUUCAAUUUAAUGAUUUGUCAUUGGGCUCGAAAGGCGCGAGUGCAGUUAGUCCAAGUUCCGAAAUAGAACCAGAAGAAAUACAACAGUCAACUAAGAUGUCUAUUGAUGUAUUGUCUUCCGAAAAUUUAGAAAUAACAGUUACAAAAACGUGUCUGGAUGUUCUCAAACAAUUGGGUAAUGCAUUCUCCAACGCAAUGGAAGCAAGCAGUAAAGGGCAUUCUCAAAAAAUGGCACCAUACAUAUUGAAAAAUGAAACUGGUCUAACAAUGACUCUCGACUUAGAGCACAGUUGCUUCAAGGUGGUGGAUGAUGGCAUGUCUGUAACAUCUCAGCAAAGCAAAGGGUCGUACUCUGAAGUUAUACUGGAGUCUGGUGCAACAGUACAAUUAGCACCGAAAAUUUUGAAGAAGAAUACUGAAAUUCUCGAACAGUUAAAAGCUGAAAUAGUUAAAGACAGCGCCGACAGUAAAUUUACUGUCUCGUUCAAGGGUAUUCCGAAUAAAUUGGAAAUACCUGUACUAAGGGCGGACAAAAGAUUUUUCUCUCUUAAAUAUCGCAAGGAAGGAUCCGAGGAAUGGGGUAUAAUAUCAGACGUGACUGUCGAAGAAGGCAGUACCAUUGUCAUCCUGAGGAGUGUCCUACAAGUUCACAAUCACUUCAGUGAGCCGGUCUCAGUAUAUUACAUGACAAAACGUGGUAAUGAGGUAGAAUGCGUUGGCACUGUGGGGCCAGAUGAGCGAUUGAAUCUUCCAUUAGACGCAGUCUACGCACCAAUUAAUAUCUAUUGGUUAUUCUUCAGUGUUAAUGGAUAUAUGGUUUCGAUAGAACCAUUUGUCUGGAAAGAUCUACAGAAGACAGUAUCCAUGACAAAGGUUUUAAAGUGUGAAGCACGAUCCAAACAAGAAAAUACUGAACCAUUCUAUAUCAAGGCUGUCGGGGAAAUUGAACAAGUAUACUUUGAAAAUACUAGUAGACACACAAUGGCAAGCACCAUUUACAAUAUUCACCUGUAUCCGUCCGUGUAUUUUAAGAAUUUCUUGCCCAUUAAUAUUAUUAUAUGUCUACCUGGAUGCGCAGAAGAAAAACUUUUACCAGCAAGCAAAACUUUGCAAAUACCUACUAUCGAUCCUGGAAAGUCCAGCAUCGUUAUUAAGCUACCUCAAUACUUGGAGAAAGACUGGUCAUGCAAGGGUGAAAUCCUGGCGAAUCCUCCAGAAUUUGCUGUGUGGUCCUUUGAAUCCUUCGACAGUGCCCAAAAAGUGGUCAUGGACUUGGGCAUGCACACGUCCUUUAAACACGGCUCUAUUAUAAUGGCCCUAUACUGUCCAUUCUGGAUGCUUAACAAAACUGGCCUCAUGUUAUCUUACAAGAAAUCAAGUAAAGCAGGCAAAGAGCAUUCGAGCCCGAUCAAGAAAUUGGUUUCUAACAUAAAACCUCAUCGGUCGCAUGGGCGAAACAGGAAGAAGAAAGGACAUUCGAGCGGAGAGGAUCACCUGAACGUUUUAUAUCAUCCUGAAACGUUCAAAGGACCAAUAUUGUUUUCUUUUAGUUCGAAAGCAUUUUUCGGCAAGAAAAAGGCAAUGAUUAGAGUCGAAGACGGCGAAUGGUCUGAUAAGUUUUCAAUUGAUGUUGCUGGAAGUAAAGGAGUCGUUUCAUGUAAAUAUAAUGGAAUGACGUACAAGAUUGGUGUACAUAAUCAGUUAACAUACAAUUCGCUGACAAAACAGAUUACGUUUACACCUUAUUACGUUUUGAUAAAUAACGCAGACUUUCUCAUGGAAUGUCAAGAAGCCGAUAGACCGGCAGAUCCUCUUUUCAAAGUACCACCUGGGGAAUGUACUGCUCUUUGGCCUCGGUCUGAACACGAACAGAAAACUCUAAAAGUUAAGGUGGCUGACUAUCCUGAAAAAACCGCACCAUUUAUUUUCACGGACAUGCAUACUACUCUAUUAAAAUUGGAUAAUAAGUACGGGGGAAUCAACGUGGAUAUACAAAUUAACGAAGGUGGAACUUACAUUUCCCUGUCUGAAUACACCCCUGGAAGUGCUCCAGCCCUUAUUAUCAAUCACACUCCUCAGACCAUCCACCUCUGGGAAAAGGGUUCUAUGAACGUGAGAUCUGUUCAGUCAUUCAAUCAAAUGCUGUAUACAUGGGAGAAUCCUUCAGGACCUAGGAAGAUAGUUUGGGAAGACAAUAAUAAGAGAGAAAUUGAGAAUGAUCUUCGAAAGAAUAGCCUUGGUACCUUCCAACUACCAGAGACCGACGAAGAAAUCUAUUUUGUUUCAUUUCUUGAUGGAAUCCAGCGUGUUUUAUUAUUUACAAACAAUUUGAAAAUUGCUGAGGAUUGCGAGUUAGCAGGUGACCUGGAAUCAACUGAGCAAGAAAUUACAUUGAGCAUUCAUGGUAUCGGAAUUUCGCUUGUGAACAAUAUCACCAGAACAGAGCUGUUAUACAUGUGCAUAGCUAGCUCCGGAAUAAUAUGGGAGGCACGCAAGGGAAAUCGUUGGCGCGCUCUAAAUACAAGAGAAGUUGAUUUGAUCGAAGAAGGAUAUCAAAGGUACAUGAGAGAAAUACAAAUUGCAAAGGACCCAACUUAUCGCAUAAUUCUUGAACCAAAAUUGGAGAUUGAUUAUCUCAACAUGGAAAUGCUAAGACCACAUCGUAAAUAUAUUAGACGAACGUUCCAAACUGGUUUGUGGGUACAAUAUCGUACAUCCAUUCACCAAGUACAGCUGCAUGCAAAGGUAAACAGACUUCAAAUCGACAAUCAACUAUCGGAACAUGUCUUUCCAGUUAUAUUGGCACCUGUGCCACCACCAAAAAGUGUUGCACAAACUUCUGUAAUGAAACCUUUUGCUGAACUUAGUAUGGUCAAACGAUUGCUUGAACAUAGUACCGUGCAACAGUUCAGAUACUUCAAAAUUCUCAUUCAAGAGUUCCACGUUAAAGUGGAUAUCGGUUUUAUAAACGGUCUCACAGGAUUUUUUGAAACUAAUGAAGUCAAUGACAUUGAAGAGAGCGAACUAUUCCAAACUGACAUGAAACUCGUACACGAGCCUCUUAUUUACCACGUUAAUCAAGUCAGGACCGCAGAGCAGAAGAACUUCUUUGAUUUGUUACAUUUCUCACCAUUAAAGAUACACAUAAGUUUCUCGAUGGCAGGAGGUGGCAGUGGACCAUCUACCCUGCCUCCUUUUCUUAAUGUAUUGCUUCAAGGAAUCGGCGUCACACUGACGGAUAUCAAUGAUAUCGUCUUCAAAUUGGCAUACUUUGAGAGAGAUUAUAUAUUUAUGACCCAUAAACAACUAAUAUCUGAAGCAACAAGCCAUUACACAGGACAGGCAAUCAAGCAACUUUAUGUACUUGUUUUGGGUCUUGACGUUAUUGGCGACCCAUACGGUCUGGUGGUCGGUACCGUGAAAGGCAUAGAAGAUCUGUUUUAUGAGCCCUUCCAGGGUGCUAUUCAAGGUCCAGGAGAAUUCGCUGAGGGAUUGAUUCUUGGAGUAAGAAGUAUGCUGGGUCAUACAGUUGGAGGAAUGGCAGGAGCAGUAUCCAAAAUAACUGGGGCCAUGGGUAAAGGCAUAGCUGCUCUGACAUUUGACAAAGAUUAUCAACGAAAACGACAGGAGCAGCUAAAUAAACAACCAGCUAAUUUACAGGAGAGUCUUGCGCGUAGUGGAAAGGGUUUGGUAAUGGGUUUUGUGGACGGUGUAACUGGUGUGGUCAUGAAACCGAUAUCAGGUGGUAAAGAGGAAGGUGUUGAAGGAUUCUUUAAAGGCGUUGGAAAAGGAAUGAUGGGUCUUGUCACAAGACCAACGGCAGGAGUUAUAGAUUUUGCAAGUGGAUCCUUGGGAGCUGUUAGGAGAGCGACUGAUAUGGGUGAAGAAGUGAAAAGGACGAGACCUCCUAGAUUCUUACAACCCGAUAGCUUAGUGAGGCCUUACGUUAGAUAUGAAGCUGAGGGCAAUAAAAUUUUAUGUGAGGUAGAAAAAGGAAAAUAUGCGAAUACGGAUAUUUAUUUCUAUCAUAUAUUUAUCAAUAAGGAUGGGCUGCUUCUCACAGAUAAACGAAUAGCAUUCAUACAACAUAGUGAUCUUUUCGGAGGAUGGAAGGUUGACUGGGCUUAUACUUGGCCAGAAAUUAGUAGCAACCCCAGGAUUGUUGAUAAAGGUGUUCAAAUUAAUAUCAAAGACAAUGCAAAAAAGAAGAAGUUAACUAAUUUCUUUGGAAAUACGGAUCUGAUUAAGAUUAUUUUGAUUCCGGAUUACAAUGAGAGACAGUUACUGUGCAGAAAGAUACAGGAGCAACUUAACCAACAUGGAUCGUAACUUCAUAAAUUGUGAUUGUUAUAUUAAUCUUUCGUUAUUAUUAAUUUUGUACCUAAUGGUAUAUGGUGUUAUAUGCCACGAUUACUAUAAAGAGUCCUUACACCACGCGUUAAGUUUCAAAAGUUACUAUAUAUAACAUUGCAGCACAAUUUAAAUUACACUAAAUAAAUAUAAACUCUGUUGCGAGACUGAAGUAAUGAAAGCAAAGCUUGACGUAGUAUGAGAAUUAGUUACCUUACGACACUACUGUAGAAUGGACUAUACUAAUUUUGAAGUGAGAUAUAUUUACAAAUAUUACGUACCUGCGAAUAUGAUAUGGGAAUACUACUACAGUUUUUACAUUUACUCUGCAAAUUGCUAUAUCAUUCUGAGCAGAGAGAAAUCAUAAUAUGUUUAUGAAUGUACCUUUAUAGCAAUCGUUAAUUAUUAAGAAUAUACUGUAACGUUUUGGAUUUGCUUUUUUUAGUUGGAUGUGUAUUGAAUGAUUGACAUUUUUUACUAGUCUAGGUAGGUUGAUUUUGCUAAAGAUAUCUUGAGCCAUUAUAUUAUGGUAAUUAUUUUCCAGUAAAUAUACUUGUCACUUGUUUGCUUAGAAGUUAAAUGAUAAAAAAGUUUUUAAAAAAUGAAUACGCAGUAAACUGGAAUAACAAAAAUUUUCUUCUCAUAAGAAUCAUAUUUGUUCCAUCUAUUUCAUAUAUAGUUUAUUUUUAUCAUUAUAAAUACAUUAAACAGUUUUUCCGUUGCAUUAAAAUCGCGCUAAUACCAUCACCUAAAAAUAAAUCAAAUUUCCUACAAGCCAAUGUGCGUUAUGCAUUUUAAUGUUACGAAAUGGAACAACAUGACCAGUGGCUUAAUUCGAGAAUUUCUGCUCGUCAUAGAAUCAUAUUAUAGUUAUCUAUACAUAAUCAAUACACUUACAAAAUUUGAUAAAAAAUAAAGAAAUAUAAUAUUCAAAUACACCCUUAAAACUCUAAGAGAUUCAUUUAUUAUGACAUAGUAGUCGUUAACGUGUAAUCAAAACUUAAAAAAUGAAUUGUACACAUAAUUUUUGUUUCGAAGGCUUGCAAGACUUCAAAAGUGUUGCAACUGCGCAUGGUCUAACAUGUAUGUGACUAUCUUAUAAUUUAAAUUUUAUACUUCUAUGCCUUUAUAUAGCAUUGCGCCGUAGGUAUAUUUUACAAAUAUACAAAAUGAAUAAUU